GCUAACAGAACAACGUUUAGUUUCCUCCUGACAGUGCAGGGGAAAUAUCCUGGUUAACGUUGUUUUACUCCGUCACUUACACACACGUCUAAAGUCACAAUGGCUUUAAUUAUCUUUGACAAUUUUUGCUAAAUUUUCUCCCGAAAGCAGCAGAAGCUCAGAGUGUUAGCUUAGCUUGUUCGCUAGCAUCAGACUGAGUGUUUCUGAUGGAGUUGAGUGAAAACCUCAGAUGUUCAAAGCGUUGGAGAAACUAACAGAUGGAGGAACCGACACACAGGCAGCGGAUGGACUCUCAGUUGGAUGACGUGCAGAAGGUGUUGGUUUUAAAAGAGGAGAUUCCUGCUGAGGAGGAGAACUGGAGUCAUAACCUUGACCAGAAACACUCAGAGAUCAAAGAGGAACAGGAGGAGAAUGAGAUUACAGAGUUUAUAUUCAAUCCUGUGAAGAGUGAAGAUGAUGAAGAGAAACCUGAGUUUCACUGCCAACCUGAGAACAGAGGCUCAGAAUCAGGUCAUGUAGAUUCUUCUGAGACAGACGUCAGCGAUGGAAACUGGGAGGAGAGCGGUGAAACUCCAUCUCAUUCACACUCUUUUGGGAACCAUACAUUUCCUGUAAGUGAGAAAGGCAAGCAGCUCCAUGGUUGCAGUGAAUGUGGGAAAACAUUUAACCAAAAGUCGGAUUUGUUGAGACACAACAGAGUUCACACUGGAGAGAAACCUUUCAGCUGCUCCAUCUGCAACGCCUGUUUUACAUGGAAACAUGUGUUAGUGCAACACCUGAGGACACACAGUGGAGAAAAACCGUUCAGUUGCACUGUUUGUAGUCAGACAUUUAGAAAGAAAGAAACUUUAACUUACCACAUCAGGUGUCACAGUGACGAGAAACCUUUCAGCUGCUCUGUUUGUCUGCAAGCGUUCAGCAGGAAGGAGAGUAUAAAUCGGCACAUGACGUGUCACAGCGAGGACAAACCUUUCAGCUGCUCCAUCUGCGGACAAAAGUUCAAAAGGAAAGAAAGUGAAACCCGACAUAUGAGAUGUCAUUUGAAAGAUAAACCUUUCAGCUGCUCCGUCUGUCACAGGAACUUCACAUCCAGGAGAUCCUUGAAAGAACACACUAAAAUCCACUCAGAGAACAGACCCUUCAAAUGUUCUGUCUGUGACGCCGCUUUUAAAAAAAAGAGAACGUUGUCAGAACACACAAGAAUUCACGCGGGAGAAAAGCCUUGCAGCUGCCGGAUCUGCGGCCAAAGCCUCAGUUCCAAGUCAUACCUAACUGUUCACAUGAGAAGUCACACAGGAGAGAAACCUUACAGCUGUUCUGUUUGCAAGGCCACUUUCAAAUGGAAAAAAACCUUUGUAAGACACUCAAGGGUCCAUUCAGGUUCAUAAUGAAAUUCUUCAGAACGUUAGUGUUCAUAUUGGCAGCAGCUUGAAUACAUUAAAAUACUUGAAGAAGUGUUAUUUCCAUAUACCUUAGAGGAAAUUUCUCUCUAAAACAAAAAAAAGAUCAUGUGAAGCACUUUGAACCGACUUGUUGCUGAAACGUCCUAUUUAAAAAAACUUGACUUGUUUUAAAAUUGGUGUUUUAGCAAAACGACAACCCCAAACAUGUUAUACAGAUUUAAAUGAGUGACCAAUAUUUUAUAUUAAUAUUUUUAAUGUCUUUGAGAUCAAAGCGGAGCCAAAGUCAGUUCUUUAUUGGUGUUUGCAAAAUUGUUGAAUAAAGCUGAUUAUUAUUAUAAUGUAAUUAAUAUUUGCUCGGUUUAUCACAGAGAAGUUAAAUAUUGUAAAACUUCCAGAUUUGACAAUAAAUAUGAAGAAAAAUAUUGACUGAUGUUUAUAUGUCUUCCUGUGUGGACUGAGCCAUUCAUGUUUUUUAUGUUUCAUGUUUUGGUUUAGUUCAGAAAAGGCCGUUUUCCCAGUGGUUUGAGUGCUUGGAAAUAAAAGCAUCCAUUCGUUUUCUGUAUACCCUUGUCACUUUUAAAUGGAAAAAAAAACCUUUGUAAAACACUCAGUGGUCCAUUCAACUCAACAAUAAAAUCCUUCAGAAUUUUA